ACGUCUCGGUAUUCUCAAUCCGAUCGAUAUCUUCUAGGUCUAAGAACUUUAGGUCAAGACAAAACUCAGGGAUAUACUGUUUCCGAGAAGAUGGGUCGCAAUGGGUUCUUGGGCAACAUCUCGGGGAUCGAUGCCUUUGGCAAGACGAUGGAGGAUGUGAAGAUCAAGACUCGUACAGGAGCCCUGCUCACGUUCAUCUCGUUUUCUAUCAUCGCUCUGUCUACCCUGCUCGAGUUUAUCGACUAUCGGAGGAUCCAUCUCGAGCCUGCCAUAAUGGUCGAUCGUACCCGGGGAGAAAAGAUGAUUGUCGAUAUCGAUAUUACUUUCCCGAGGGUGCCUUGCUACUUGCUUUCGAUGGAUAUUAUGGAUAUUUCCGGAGAACAUCAGCUGGAUCUCACGCAUGCCACCACCAAAAACCGACUGGACAAGAACGGCAAGAUUGUCGGGGUCAUCAAGGACGGUCAACUGCAAGGAGACGUGCAACGAGCGGUAGCCAACAAGGACCCCAACUAUUGUGGAAGCUGUUACGGUGGAACUCCGGGACCUUCUGGAUGCUGCAAUACCUGUGACGAGGUUCGCGAGGCAUAUGUCAGAAAAGGGUGGAGCUUUACCAACCCGGACGGUAUCGAGCAGUGCGUGAAGGAAGGUUGGACCGAGAAGAUCGCCGAGCAGAACACGGAAGGGUGCCAAAUCCAAGGUCGUGUCCGGGUCAACAAGGUCAUCGGUAACAUUCACUUUAGCCACGGACGUUCAUUCCAGUCGCACAACAUGCAUAUCCAGGACCUCGUGCCCUACCUCAAGGACAAGAACCACCACGACUUCGGCCAUGUGAUAAACAAGUUCCAGUUCGAGGCCGAUGCGGGGACUGUGCAGGACGUCGGAACUGAGGAUCUGACCCGGUCGGUCAAGAAGCGGUUGGGUAUCGUCAACCCCUUGGAUGGCGCUGUCGUGCACCCUGAAGUCUCGGACUACAUGUACCAAUACUUCCUAAAAGUCGUUUCGACCACGUUCAACCUGCUCGAUGGACGAUCUAUCCAGUCCCAGCAGUACAGCGUGACCCAGUUCGAGAGGGAUAUCAAAGAGGGGAAUGCACCUGGCCGGGAAGGACACGGUCACUUUACGAGUCAUGGUAUGGCGGCUGUUCCUGGCGUUUACAUCAACUACGACGUAUCACCCAUGAAGGUUGUGCACACCGAGACCCGACAGAGCUUUGCUCAUUUCUUGACCUCCACAUGCGCCAUCAUUGGAGGAGUCUUGACAGUUGCUGGGCUAGUCGACUCGAUGAUCUUUUCCAGCCGCAAGAGGCUGUCUGGGGCUAACGGUGCCGAAGGGUUCGGAUCAAGGGAGGGCAAAAUGAUGUGAACGCCUGUGCAAUAUGUAAGGCAGCGGUUGUGAACAGGAGAGCUUUGCCAAAGAUGUACAAAGCGUCGUUUGCAUAUUCAUCGUCAUAUCUGAUACGACUUUUGCCACGUCACCCGACGCCGCCUCAUCCUCUCAAUCUUUUCUUUGAUAACGAGACGAUGAUCCCCCUCGGCUUUCGACCCUUUGUAACCAGAUCUUGACCGAUAUCCUGCAUAAUUCAAGCU